AUGAGUGACGCUGCAAAAAUCCUAAAAUCAGUCCAGAUAGGUUUAAACGUCGUCAUAUUUCUUCUGAACACUGAUCGUGGCCUACGAGCGACUGAGUUAUGUAAUGAAUGUGUGAUCCUACUUCACAACCUUGACUCUGGUAGUCACCUUGAAAUCUCCGAUGUACUAUUCAAUGCGUACUACGCCAUCUCUGGUUACACAGAUGCAGAAAGACAUGCCACCAAACUUCUUGACAAAUUUAACCAUGCUUGGACACUAAUCAUGGAAGUAGGAGACAUAUGUAACACACAAAGCCGGUUUGUAGAGGCAAAGCAACUCUUUAAAGGCGCACUCACUAUCAUGAAAACAAUUGGUCACAAAAGAAAAGAAGCACUGGCUCAUGGAAGACUCGGAAAUGUCUGUACUAGCCUUGGAGAAUAUCAGAAUGCUAAAGAAUAUCACGAGAAAGCACUUGCCAUCGCGAUAGAAAUUGGCGACAGAAAAGGAGAAGGAACAACAUACGGGAACCUCGGAAGUGUGUUUCAUUCCCUUGGCGAAUAUCAGAAUGCUAAAGAAUAUCACGAGAAAGCACUUGCCAUCGCGAUAGAAAUUGGCGACAGAAAAGGAGAAGGAACAACAUACGGGAACCUCGGAAGUGUGUUUCAUUCCCUUGGCGAAUAUCAGAAUGCUAAAGAAUAUCACGAGAAAGCACUUGCCAUCGCGAUAGAAAUUGGCGACAGAAAAGGAGAAGGAACAACAUACGGGAACCUCGGAAGUGUGUUUCAUUCCCUUGGCGAAUAUCAGAAUGCUAAAGAAUAUCACGAGAAAGCACUUGCCAUCGCGAUAGAAAUUGGCGAUAGACGAGAAGGAACAACAUACGGGAACCUCGGAAGUGUGUUUCAUUCCCUUGGCGAAUAUCAGAAUGCUAAAGAAUAUCACGAGAAAGCACUUGCCAUCGCGAUAGAAAUUGGCGACAGAAAAGGAGAAGGAACAACAUACGGGAACCUCGGAAAUGUGUUUGAUUCCCUUGGCGAAUAUCAGAAUGCUAAAGAAUAUCACGAGAAAGCACUUGCCAUCGCGAUAGAAAUUGGCGACAGAAAAGGAGAAGGAACAACAUACGGGAACCUCGGAAGUGUGUUUCAUUCCCUUGGCGAAUAUCAGAAUGCUAAAGAAUAUCACGAGAAAGCACUUGCCAUCGCGAUAGAAAUUGGCCACAGAGGAGGAGAAGGAACAACAUACGGGAACCUCGGAUGUGUGUUUGAUUCCCUUGGCGAAUAUCAGAAUGCUAAAGAAUAUCACGAGAAAGCACUUGCCAUCGCGAUAGAAAUUGGCGACAGAGCAGGAGAAGGAACAACAUACGGGAACCUCGGAAUUGUGUUUCAUUCCCUUGGCGAAUAUCAGAAUGCUAAAGAAUAUCACGAGAAAGCACUUGCCAUCGCGAUAGAAAUUGGCGACAGAAAAGGAGAAGGAAGAACAUACGGGAACCUCGGAAGUGUGUUUGAUUCCCUUGGCGAAUAUCAGAAUGCUAAAGAAUAUCACGAGAAAGCACUUGCCAUCGCGAUAGAAAUUGGCGACAGAGAAGGAGAAGGAACAACAUACGGGAACCUCGGAAGUGUGUUUGAUUCCCUUGGCGAAUAUCAGAAUGCUAAAGAAUAUCACGAGAAAGCACUUGCCAUCGCGAUAGAAAUUGGCGACAGAAAAGGAGAAGGAACAACAUACGGGAACCUCGGAAAUGUGUUUCAUUCCCUUGGCGAAUAUCAGAAUGCUAAAGAAUAUCACGAGAAAGCACUUGCCAUCGCGAUAGAAAUUGGCGACAGAAAAGGAGAAGGAACAACAUACGGGAACCUCGGAACUGUGUUUGAUUCCCUUGGCGAAUAUCAGAAUGCUAAAGAAUAUCACGAGAAAGCACUUGCCAUCGCGAUAGAAAUUGGCGACAGAAAAGGAGAAGGAACAACAUACGGGAACCUCGGAAAUAAAGCACUUGCCAUCGCGAUAGAUAUUGGCGACAGAAGAAGCGAAGGUACAGCAUACUUAAAACUUGGAGUGGUGUACCACAUUCUUAAUAAAAAUCGGCAAGCUAAAGAACAUUUGGACAAAGCAGUCGGCGUCAGUAUUGCAAUUGGUGACAGAGAACUGGAAGCAAUGGCUAUUGUAAAUUUGGCAAGUGUCUCUGAUUCUGUAAAUGACAGUCAGAAGGCAAAAGAACUUUGUGAGAAGGCGCUUACAAUCAGCAGAGAAUGUGGCAAUAGAAGUGCGAAGUACAACUAUACCUACAGGUUGGAAGUCUAUCCCAAUCGUUUGGUGAAUAUGAUAAGGCAGCAUAUUAUUUACAGAAAGCUUGUUCCAUAA